GUCAACCUGAGACCUUCUGCUUGUCGGAUGAUCUCUGUAACCAAUCCCAAAACUUGCAGACAUUAGUUUCACACCGGCGUAAGGAGGGGGGUGUGUGUGUCUUUGCCGGAACCGAUAAUGGCCGAUAAAAUGCCUCCAGAGCAAGGAGACGCGCUGCUGGAUAAGUUCCACCAAGGGAGCCUCCACAACGGGAUAGAGGUCACCAAAGGCGACGGCCUGCAUGCCAGGGGUCAGUGGGCUAGCAAGGCUGAGUUCCUCCUGGCCGUGGCGGGGCAGAUCAUCGGCCUGGGCAACGUCUGGAGGUUCCCGUACCUCUGCUACAAGAACGGAGGAGGUGUGUUCUUUGUACCUUACCUGUUGUUCCUGGUGCUGUGCGGCAUCCCCCUGUUCCUCCUGGAGACCUCACUGGGACAGUACACAAGCCUGGGAGGGGUCAGCGCCUGGAGGACUAUCUGCCCGUUAUUUGGAGGUCUCGGCUAUGCCAGUCAGGUGAUGAUCCUGCACGGCUGCGUGUACUACAUCGUCAUCCUGGCCUGGGCCCUCUUCUACCUGUCCUACAGCUUCCAGGCAGAGCUGCCCUGGUCGCACUGUAACAACACAUGGAACACUGCGGCGUGUGUCCUGUUUGACCACCACAACCAGUCAGCCAAUGGGAGCAGCCUGCCUGAGAAUGCCACUUCCCCUGUAAUGGAGUUUUGGGAGCGAGAGGUGCUCCGUCUCUCCAGCAGUUUAGACGAGCUGGGCCCCAUCAGCUGGAAGCUGGCUCUGUGUCUGGCCAUCGUCUGGCUGGUCUGUUACUUCUGUGUCUGGAAGGGAGUCAAGUCCACGGGAAAGGUGGUGUACCUGACAGCCACCUUCCCAUAUGUCAUGCUGUUUGUGCUGCUGGUGCGCGGUGCCACCCUGCCUGGAGCGACCCAGGGCAUCAUCUACUACCUCAAACCCAACCACACCCGCCUGGCAGACCCACAGGUAUGGAUGGAUGCAGGUACCCAGAUAUUUUUCUCAUAUGGAAUCUGUUUGGGAAGUCUCACAGCGCUUGGCAGUUACAACAAAUACAACAAUGACUGCUAUAAGGACUCUUUCCUCCUGUGCCUCCUGAACAGCAGCACCAGUUUCCUGGCAGGUUUCGCCAUCUUCUCUGUGCUGGGCUUCAUGGCGGAGGAGCAGGGCGUGGACAUAGCCACCGUGGCCCAGUCAGGGCCUGGCCUCGCCUUCAUUGCCUACCCGAGAGCUGUAGCCAUGAUGCCGUUUCCCCAACUCUGGGCCGUCUGCUUCUUCCUCAUGAUCAUCAUGCUGGGGCUGGACACGCAGUUUGUGAGUCUGGAGGCCCUGAUGACGUCGGUGAGUGACCUUUACCCUCAUCUGAUCCGACGGGGCCACCGCAGAGAGCUGCUGCUGCUGUUCGUCUGCGUCGUCUGCUUCCUGGUCGGACUCGUCAUGGUCACACCGGGUGGUCUGUAUGUGUUCCAGAUCUACGACCACUUCUCCUGCAGCGGAGCCAGCCUGCUGCUCCUCUCCAUCUUCCAGUCUCUGGCCAUCGGCUGGGUCUACGGAGCCGAGCGCUUCAGUGCCAACAUCAGGGAUAUGACCGGCUACAGCCCCCUGCCCGUCUUCAAGCUGUGUUGGAAAUACUUGACCCCGGCUGUAUGCACUGCUACCUUUAUGUUUUCCCUGGUGCACUGGACUCCACUGAGCCUGGGGAAAGGCCUGGUGGCUCCAGCCUGGGCCACCACGCUGGGCUGGCUCCUUACACUCUCCUCCGUCUCCCUGCUUCCCAUCUGGGCCAUCUACGCCCUGGUCACCACCCCGGGAACUCUGCCACAGCGCAUCCAGCUUCUGUGCAGCCCUGCCAAAAAAUCGUCACUGGCCCUCCGCCACUUCCCCACCAACAACUCGGCGCUCACCUACAGCCCUGCACUGCCCCUGACUGAGAAGCCAAAGGAGCCGAUCACAAACGUCAUCCAGGAUCACACGGCCUAAUAAUGGUCAGCGACGAUAUAAUGCUGGUCAGCCAAUCAGGCGUGGUGAAGGGGAGGGUCGAGGGUAGAGUUAACGCUGCUGGAUCCCAAAUAAGGGGCUGGAUCCUCGUUACUCCACAUUUCUAGACACAGAUAUGUCGUAACAGACCACAGAGGCCUGUUUUAACUCAAAAGAUCCUCCAGUGGUCUAUUGUUUAGACAGUCCUCAUCAAUUCAUAAAGGUGAUACAGGUCCCUGAAUUGGGACGCAGCUCACUUUACCUUUAAGCCCUGCCCCACCUCCUGUUACCGGCUGCCAGAGUUAGUUAUUGUAAAACAAUGCACACUCCUGUCAUCAUCUGCUUUUAUCCUAAACCUUUCUGUUAUUCACUAGUGGAAUCACUGUAUUUUGGACAAUUUAAUAACGGCCCUUACAGCCGUUCUGAUAACAAUGAUGUUCUCGGUUGAUUUUUUUUGUUUUUUUUUUGGGCCAGCACUUAGGAGUAACUUAGUCCACCACUUAACUCUCUAUGAGAGAUUGCUACUUCUGCAGCUUCCGGCUGAUUUCUGUUAUCAUCUGAAAUGACUAUGAAUCGGAUGUGUUUUAUACGAUUUGUCUUUUGUAUGUGCUGCGCUCUCGGUUAUUGCCAUAUCAUGGAGCUCGAAUGGUUCAUAACAUGCCUUAACACCCAGACCAAGGGGUUCUAAUGCAAAGGUUGCGUUAGCCAAAUACUUUUUACUGCCAAUAUAUCAAGAGCUUAACUUUACAACUUUAAUGCUUGAUAUGUGCAGUAACUGUUUUCAUGCAUUCUACACGUUUAUUUUUUUCAGAAAGCGGGCAGGAAAGUUAUUUAGACUCUUUGUUUAGUUGCUGCGCAAGGUGAAGAUGCUGCAAAAUAAAAGAGGCAUUACAAGCAUGUCUUUGCACUGUACCAAAAGUAACUGUCAAGCUGGGAAUCAUGCAAUCAUGGUACCCGAAUUAGCAUGUAUGAAUACAAUAUCACAAUGUCGCUGCUGUGUCGACAAAAUGAACGUUUUUAAAUAAGAAAAUAACUGCAAAAUAACUGGUGCCACUCCAGUGUGAUUCUCUUUGUAGAGGACAUUACAGCGUCUCUUAACUGUAGUAUGCGAAUGGUGACAUGCAGUAGAUCUUAGCAAAUGAAUAAAUUACCUCUAUGCACUGUAGGGAUGUUUAUAUUGUUCAGAGGAAAAUGCAGUUCAUGAAUGUGAAGAGUCAUGUCAGUUUUAUAGAAAUAUCUCGUUUGUCUUUUUCCUUCAAUGACCUCCUGAUGCAGGAAGCUAGUCAAAAUGACCACUGCUGUUUUAUCAAAAUAAAAGGCAGCUAGAGAUUAGUCUUUUUCUCUAGCAGUAAAAUUUAAAUUCAUAAUGUUCCUUUUCAUAUAGGAGAAAAAGGUGUUUUGAAUAUCUGACUUUGCUUUUUUCAUCAUGAGGUCUUCGCAGUCUCAGUGUGGUUCACGUUGUGCAAUCACCGUUAACCUACUGUACUUUAAGUCUAGGACACAAUGUACUCUUCGCUGGGAAAACUCCAGAACCAGGGGGAUAAGGAAUAUUUCUUGAGUGAGUGUGAUGUGUUUAAUAAUGCAAACUUCAAACUGCUGUUUUUCCUUGCACCGUCAUCCAAACCCGGAUGGAGUUUUUGAUUGAAAAUCUUUCAAACGCUCCUCUGAGAUUAAUUUAAACCCAUCUGGUGUCUUUAUAACGGGCUUUCAUUCACUUCCAGUUGAUCCAAGUGUGUUAUAAUCUGUUUACAGCUGUAUAGAUGUGCCUUUUUAUUUUAGAAUUGGCUUUUGUGUGUGUAUCAUUCUUUUCUUUUCUAAUUUUUAAAUAUAUAUAUAUAUACAUUGUU